AUGUUCGCCAUCCUUCUCGGUGUCGCGGUGGCAUUGUUCUUCGCUUAUCUCAUCAAUGAAUUCCGUCGGCCGGCCAAUUAUCCACCGGGUCCUCAAUGGCUUCCGGUGGUGGGAAACACCCCGUACAUAAGAAAACUCGCGCGACAGUACGGUGGCCAGCACAAGGUGUUCGAACUGCUCGGCAAAUCCUACAACAGUGACGUGAUAGGGCUAAAGCUCGGCCGCGAGUACGUAGUCGUCGCUCUCAACUACCCAGCCGUCAAUGAAGUCCACCGAAACGACGUCUUUGCUGGGCGACCCGACAACUUCUUCAUACGCCUGCGCACGAUGGGAACAAGGCUCGGCGUUACAUGCACCGAUGGACCGUUUUGGGCGGAACAUCGCAGCUUCGUGACACGUCACCUUCGCCAAACGGGCUACGGUAGGCAACCGAUGCAGCUGCAGAUACAGAACGAGCUAAACGAGCUGGUGGACGUGAUACGCGAACGCCACGGCCAACCGAUCUGGCCCGGUAGCAUCCUUUCGACGGGUGUCAUCAACGUACUGUGGACGUUCGUAACCGGAACGCGAAUUCCGCGCGAUGACAAUCGUCUCCAGCGGUUGCUUCAGCUGCUGCAGGAUCGUUCAAAAGCGUUCGACAUGUCUGGUGGGGUGUUGAGUCAACUUCCUUGGUUGCGAUUCUUCGCUCCCGAGUGGACCGGGUAUGAUCUGUUGCGUCGGUUCAACACCGAAUUGAACGAAUUCUUCGCACCUACGAUCGCCAAUCACCAUCGAAACUUUAGUGAGGAAAAAGCAAAUGACGAUCUUAUCUACGGCUAUAUCAGUGAGAUGCGAGAGCGUAAGGACGACCCCGAGAGCACAUUCACAGACUUGCAGCUAACGAUGAUCAUCCUCGACAUCUUCAUUGCGGGUGGUCAAACGACAAGUACCACGCUCGAUCUCGCCUUCAUGAUGAUGAUCAUCCGACCGGACAUUCAGGCUCGCGUUCGUGAGGAGAUCGACCAGAAGCUCGGUGUGGAUGAGCUGCCACAGCAAACGGAUCGUUCUCAGCUACCGUACACGGACGCGUUCCUGCUCGAGGUGCAACGAUUCUUCCACAUCGUGCCCGUCAGUGGACCUCGCCGGACAUUGGCGGACUGUACGCUCGGUGGAUACCGAGUGCCCAAGAACACCACGGUGCUGAUUGGCCUUCGAACCGUCCACAUGGAUCCGGAGUACUGGGGCGAUCCGGAGGUGUUCCGUCCAGAGCGGUUCCUCGAUGACAGCCAGAAGGAAUCCGCGGCUAAAGCGCACCUGCACUCAGAUCGGCUGAUGUUUUUUGGCAUCGGUAAGCGUCGCUGCUUGGGCGAGGUGUUGGCCCGGGCUUGCUUGUUCACGUUCUUCGUGGGGGUGAUGCAGAAGUUCGAGCUACUUAAACCUACCAAUGGAAACCGCGAGAUGGAACCGUCGAUCGUGCUGCGGCCGGGUAUAACACUCUCACCGAAGCCUUAUGAGGUGGUCUUUCGUCCUCGAUUUUGAGAUGAACUCGAGACGCUGGACGUUGUUUAAUACAAUCUCUCUUAACCUACAUUCGUAGAACGCACGAUCACUCGAUCGAUCUAAUGGGGAACUUGUGCAAU